CUCUGGACCCUGGUACCUCUCUCCUUGCCUCUCUCUCUCUAUCGCAUUCAGUCUCAUAUUACUCUUCUUCGCUGUUUCUCUCUGUUUUCCUGCAGAAGGCCGGAAACUAGAAGACCAACUGAAGUUCUUAGAGCUUCAGUUGCAGUUCGACGUUAACAAAUGCAGAAUCGCGCAAGGAAUCACAUUCGAUCAUCAACUCCCAAGCCUCAAAUCUGAACAAACUUCUGCUUCCGGAUCAAAGCCUAAAAAUAAGAUUACAUAUUGCUCCAUGCCGAAGUCCAAUUUUCUCCCUGUUCUCCUCCUCCUCCUGCACACGAUAUUUUCUUUUCUCUCUUUGUUUUCCUGCUCACAGCAGCUCUCCGCCUCCCAGUCUCAAGCCCUCUUCCGCCUCCGGCGAAUCCUUGAAUACCCCCCUCCCCUCUCUUCAUGGAAUCGAUAUACAUCCUUCUGCUACCUCCCCUCCUCCCCAUCCCUCUCCAUCUCCUGUUCCUCCACCGGCCAAAUUACUGGGCUUUAUAUUGCCGGUGACGGCGGCCGUUCUUCCCUCUCCGCCAACUUCUCCUCUGACUCCCUCUUCACCACUCUGUCCAGACUCAACAGCCUCACCUCUCUCUCCCUUGUUUCAUUAGGUAUUUGGGGCCCUUUGCCUGCCAAAAUCAAGAGGAUGUCUUCACUGCAAGCCCUCAAUCUUAGCUCAAAUUACUUCAACGGAACUUUUCCUGAUUUCAAACCCAUGGCGCUUCUUAGUGAAUUAGAUUUGGGUGGAAAUUUUCUCGGACCUGAGUUUCCUUCCCUUGCGAAUAGCAUUGCAACACUAGUACUUCGAAAAAACAACCUUCGCGGGGAGUUACCCGUGUUUCUUGCAGCCUUGGAUCAUCUUCAAAAGCUCGAUUUAUCUUCCAAUAAGCUCAGCGGUCCGAUUCCACCAUUGUUGUUCUCCCUGUCAACUCUUCGAUACUUGGAUUUAUCAGCUAACAAGUUGCAGGGAGCUCUCCCAUCAAGUCUUUCUUGUGGAAAUGAUCUAAAUUUUGUAGAUAUAUCAAGUAAUCUUUUAGUGGGAGGUUUGCCGUCUUGCAUUCGGACCAACUCCUCCAAUUUGAUUGUCCUCAAUUCAUGGAACUGUUUAUCAGCAGCUCAUCUAAAGUAUCAGCAUCCAAAUUCCUACUGUAUGAGGAAGCCAUUGGCUGCAGUGUUACCUGAUAGCAACAAGAAAGUAGGCUCCAAGAGCAACUUGGGUCUUAUACUUGGCGUUGUGGGAGGAAUCAUAGGAGGGAUUUUGCUGAUAGGGUUCAUACUGUUAUUAUUUCUUAAGAAGGUGAAAUCAGAAAUGAAUGGAGUGAAGUUUCUGCACAAGCCAAUCGAUGGAAGUGAUUCUAUUCCAGUUGCUAAAAGAACUCCUGCUGAUGCAAGGCACAUGUCUCAGGGAGUGAUCAUUGGCACACUGGGAAUAACACCAUACCGUGUUUUUACCAUUGAGGAACUUGAAGAAGCCACCAAUGGCUUUGACUCCUCGAAUUUGGUUUCAGAAGGUCGUCAAGGACAGUUCUUCAAGGGGUGGCUCCAAGAUGGCUCCACAGUUUUAGUGAGAAGGUUGAAGUUGAAGCAAAAGUGCUCACCUCAGAACCUUCUUCGAUAUAUAGAUAUCAUUUCAAAGCUCAGGCAUCGUCAUCUGGUCAGUAUCCUUGGGCAUUGCAUAUCUGCUGGCGAGGGGAAUGCUAACACACCAAGCACUGUUUUUCUUGUUAUCGAAUAUGUUUCCAAUGGAACUCUGAGGAAUCAUCUUACUGAGUGGAGAAAGCGUGAGAUGCUGAAAUGGCCACAGAGAGUAACAGCUGUAAUCGGUGUAGCUAAGGGAUUACAAUUCCUGCAUACUGUAAUGGUUCCUGGUUUAACAGGGAAUGAUCUCAAAAUCGAAAACAUUUUGCUUGAUGAAACUCUUACAGCAAAAAUUAGUAAUUAUAAUCUUCCAGUCUUACCGAAGAAUAAGAACAAAAAGGUUGAUUGUGAAAUCCCUUUUGAUGUCUGGGAAGACGGGAAUUUUGGGAGCAUGCAAAAUUUUGAGAACGGUGAAAAGGAAGACAUUUAUCAGCUGGGCUUGAUCCUCUUAGAAGUCAUCACAGGCAAACCUCCUGGAUUACAGGGGGAGUUGGAUACAGUGAGAGCUCAGCUUCGGAAGAGCUUGACUGAUUCUCCGGCAAAACUUGGCAUCAUAGUGGACCCGACCAUUCGCAACACAUUUGCAUAUGAUUCUCUGAGAAGGGCUGUUGAAAUAGCGAUCAAUUGUGCAUCUAAAGAUUCAACAGAAAGGCCAUCUAUUGACGAUGUUCUUUGGAACCUGCAGUAUUGUAUCCAAAUUCAGGAUGGAUGGGCCAGCAGUGAGAACCUUAGCACUCAGUCAUAAAGUUUUAUUCUAUGGCUUGCAAUAAUCAAAUGUUCUUUCUCUUUGCUUCACCUAAUAAAGUUUCAUUGGAGUUUUUUGAGUGCUAUUUGUACAUGCUUACUUCUUAGAAGCCAAUAAGUGUACAAAAAUAUCAUGCUGCUUUGAAUUCCAUGAUUUUAAAA